AUGGUCAAAAUUCUCCUCACAGCGGCUUUCAUUGCUGCCCAUGUCCUUGAUAUUUUGCUAGAACAUGGAUUCGAGACUGUGGUUACUGUCCGAUCGGAAGAAAAGGGCAAGCGAAUCAUCGAGGCCCAUCCUCACACGCCCAAGGAGAAGCUGUCCUAUGUUAUCGUCAAGGACGUUGCUCAAGAGGGAGCAUUCGAAGAGGCGGUCAAAUCGAAUCCACCGUUUGAUUAUGUUCUUCACACGGCAUCGCCGUUCCACUUCAACGUCCAAGAUCCAGUAAAGGACUUCCUGGACCCUGCUAUCAAAGGAACUACCGGUAUUCUGAAAGCCGUCAAGGCCCAUGCGCCUACGGUGAAGCGGGUUGUCAUCACAUCUUCAUUCGCUGCAAUUGUGAACCCCAAGCAGCACCCGACGGUGUACAGUGAGAAAGACUGGAAUCCAGUUACCUGGGAAGAAGCUAUGGAUCAUGCCAAUGUUUACCGGGCAAGCAAGACAUUCGCCGAGAAAGCCGCCUGGGACUUCGUGGCCAACGAAAAGCCAAACUUCAAUGUUGCAACUAUCAACCCACCUCUGGUGCUGGGUCCAAUUGUUCAUUACCUGAAUUCAUUGGAGGCAGUCAACACAUCGAACCAACGUCUACGAAACAUCAUCCAAGGUCAGAUGAAGGAGAAGAUUGCUCCGACGGGGACAUUCCUGUGGGUAGAUGUUCGAGAUGUUGCACUUGCACAUGUCCGUGCUAUUGAGGUCAACGAGGCUGGCGGUCAGAGGUUCUUUGUCACCGCUGGUUAUUUCUCCAACAAGGAUCUCGUCGACAUCACUCGCCAGAGUCAUCCUGAAUUAGAGUCAAAGCUUCCGCCCAAGGACUCGCCCAGUGACCUCCCAGAAAACAUAUAUGGGAUUGACAAUCAACGGUCACAACAGGUUUUGGGACUCAAAUAUCGCACGUUGCAGCAAUCGGUCUCUGAUAGUAUUGACUCUUUGCUGGCCGUUGGUGCGUAG